AUGGCUUCUCCAGCAUCCAGCGCCGGCGAUGAGCCCAAGAAGAACAUGGAGCAAAUCACUUUUCGAUUCUGCAGCGAAUGUUCCAACAUGCUGUACCCCAAGGAAGACCCAGAUACCCACCGCCUGCAAUUUGCCUGUCGAACCUGUCAAUACUCCGAAGAAGCGACCUCGUCCUGCGUGUUCAGAAACAUCCUCAACAACGCAGUCGGUGAAACUGCUGGUGUGACUCAAGACGUUGGAUCGGAUCCGACUCUUCCUCGGUCCAAUAAGGCUUGCCCAAAGUGCAAGACGGAGGACGCAGUCUUCUUCCAAUCUCAGCAGAGAUCAGCAGAAACUGGAAUGAAACUCUUUUAUGUGUGCUGUGGUUGCGGUCACAUCUUCUCAUGA